AAACAGAAUGCAGCUGCCGUAGUAGCUGAAGCUCCUGGAACAUUCCCCACUAGAGAGGGGAAACCCCAACUUCAAUUCCUCACCAAUCUCAUCUCAUCUCAUACUAGUACUACACUUUAUCUCCCCCAGUUGAUGCUGCUCACUUUUCUUAGUUUCCACGUCGCAGUUUCUCUUCUCUCCUCUGACCCCUUUGUGACCGUCCAACGACAACGCAUGGAGGCCGGGUUAGCUUAGCUUAAUUAAGUGCUCCUACCUGCUGAUCUGAUCUGAUCACUUUCUUGUGUGUGCCCUUAUGACUGACAGAUCGAUCAUAUAGUCUGAAUAUAUAUAAUUAGGAUUGUUAUAUGCAUAGGUUUGCAUUAUUGUACCCAUUUCCUGCCCCCACCACCAUUUGCAUGUGUGCAGCAGAAACAUCCUGCAUAAACAGGGAUUAGAACGUAGUGCAAGUCCCUUUCGACGCUAAUUAAUGAUGAGUGGUUAAGUUAAUUUGAUGGUGUUUGUGCAUGCCCCCGUCUUGGCGCCUAUAAAAGGGUGAGAUCGCAAGUCCACGAGGUCGUCGAGCAACCAAGGCUUUCACUCGACCGACCUCCCAGCUUACAGGAGACCAGGAGUGGACAGAAAUAUAUCGUAGAAUUAAUGGAGGUGGAGAAGAAGACGUCGGCGUGGAGCGGCGGCGGCGGCGGCGGGGGGAACAUGGUGCGGGACGCGGUGGACUACCGGGGAUGCCCGGCGGACAGGUCGGCGACGGGGGGGUGGGUGGCGGCGGCGCUGGUGCUGGGGAUCGAGCUGUGCGAGCGGCUGUCGACGAUGGGGAUCGCGGUGAACCUGGUGACGUACCUGACGGGCACCAUGCACCUCCCCAGCGCCGCCGCCGCCAACGUCGUCACCGACUUCAUGGGCACCUCCUUCCUCCUCUGCCUCCUCGGCGGCUUCCUCGCCGACUCCUUCCUCGGCCGCUACCUCACCAUCGCCGUCUUCGCCCUCGUCCAGUCCAUCGGCACCGCCCUCCUCGCCGCCUCCACCCUCGUCACCCACCUCCGCCCGCCGCCCGGGGAGCAGCCGACGCCGGUGCAGAUGGCCGUGCUCUACGCCUGCCUCUACCUCAUCGCCCUCGGCACCGGCGGCCUCAAGUCCAGCGUCUCCGGCUUCGGCACCGACCAGUUCGACGACCGCGACGGCCGGGAGCGCGCCGCCAUGGGCCUCUUCUUCAACCGCUUCUUCUUCUUCAUCAGCCUCGGCACGCUGCUCGCCGUCACCGUGCUCGUCUACGUCCAGGACCACGUCGGCCGGAGCUGGGCCUACGGCAUCUGCUCCGCCGCCAUGCUCGCCGCCAUCGCCGUCUUCCUCUCCGGGACCAGGAGGUACCGCUACAAGCGGAGCUCCGGGAGCCCCAUCGUCCACAUCCUCCAGGUGCUCGUCGCCGCGGCGCGGAAGCGCGGGGUCGUCAAGCGCCCGCCCACCGCGGCGGAGCUCUACGAGGACGACCGCCCCGAGCACGCCCGGAUCGCGCACACCGCGCAGUUCCCGUGCCUGGACAUGGCGGCGGUGGUGGCCGGCGAAGAGGACAACGAGGUGGCCGGGCCGGGCGGGCCGGCGGCGCCCAACCCGUGGAAGCUCUGCUCGGUGUCGCGCGUGGAGGAGGUGAAGAUGGUGGCGAGGCUGAUGCCGGUGUGGGCGACGACGAUCCUCUUCUGGACCAUCUACGCGCAGAUGAUCACCUUCUCCGUGGAGCAGGCCACCACCAUGGACCGCCGCGUCGGCGCCGGCUUCGAGAUCCCGGCCGCCUCGCUCACCGUCUUCUUCGUCGGCGCCAUCAUGCUCACCCUCGCCGUCUACGACCGCGUCUUCAUCCCGCUCUGCCGCGUACUCACCGGCAAGCAAGGCUUCACCAACCUGGAGAAGAUCGGCAUCGGCCUCGCCCUCUCCAUCCUCGGCAUGGCCGCCGCCGCGCUCUGCGAGAAGAAGCGCCUCGCCGUCGCCGUCGCCGCCACCACCGGGAACUCCACGCCGAUCAGCGUGUUCCUGCUGACGCCGCAGUUCCUGCUGGUGGGCGCCGGCGAGGCGUUCAUCUACACGGGGCAGCUGGACUUCUUCAUCACGAGGUCGCCCAAGGGGAUGAAGACGAUGAGCACGGGGCUCUUCCUGACGACGCUCUCGCUCGGCUUCUUCUUCAGCAGCGUGCUCGUGUCGCUCGUCAAGGGCGCCACCACCUGGCUCGGCGACACCAUCGACCGCAGCCGCCUCGACUACUUCUACUGGCUCCUCGCCGUCCUCAGCGUCCUCAACCUCGCCGCCUACCUCGUCUGCGCCAAGUGGGCCGCCACCGCCGCCGCCACCUCGCGGGAGCAGCAGCAGCAGCACACCGCCGUCGCCGACGCCGACGAGAAAUGCUAGCUAUAGAACUCAUCACACACACACACAGUUAAUUAAUUACACACUCCUAUAAUGUAUAAGGUUUGCACCAGUAGUCAUUGGCUAUAUAUCGUUAGUUAAUUAAUUAGUACUACUCCAGAGGCUUUUCUAGAUUCAGUGCGCGUGCAGCCCUGAUGUAAGAACCAAGGUCAGUUCAGUGUUCACUCCAGGUUAUCAUACUGCUGAAACUAAGAACGUCUGAGAUUAAGUUAAUAAGAUCGCUUUUCAGUUCUCAUUGUUGA